GUUACUCGUUUUACCAGCACCCGAUUUUGGCCCACCUGCGCGUCCUCUCGGGAUAAGACCCACAGAAAGUGAGUAAAAUAGUCAGAUUAUUCGUCACAUCACAAAGGCAGAGCUCAAAGGAAGCGUUGCCCACCGAGCAAUGCACUAUGAUUCAGGAUGGAAAAAAGUGAAAGAAUUUCUAUUCACCACAAUCCUUGCAGGUGCAAUAAAAUUUUAAUUGCAUGAAAUUGAGGCAGGACAUUAAGAUUUUCUGUAUCAAAAAGGACUUCUAUAUAAAGACCCGGGAAACCAGAAGCGACUUGUCAGGACAAAUACAGGUGAAAAAUCUCCUCAGUAGUGUGGGAAGGCAUUCAGUGAAUCGGGACACUUGUAGUCGCACACGAGGCACAUGUAGAAACUGUGAUGUCUGUGAUAAGGCAGAUCGUUGGAUGAAUUAUGGAUACCUAGGAGGAUAUGCACAGGUGAUAAACCAAUGCUUUGUGUGUGGGAAGACAUUUAGCAUAAGAGAAGCAUGAUGGCCCACACAGGGGACGGAUUUUAUCUUAGUGGAAAUGAUUUUAGUGAAGCUGAGAAAGUGAAGGAACACAUCAGGACACAUACUAGUGAUACACUUUAUACAUGUAAUGUCUGUCUGAAGGUGUUCAAUCAAACGAAACUCUUACAGAGUCACAUGAGUAAACAUUCUGGUGAUAAAUCUGAUCAAUGUGACAAAUUUAGUGUGACAGAAAAACUAAAGUCUCACAUGGUCACACACACUGGUGAUAGACCUUAUAAAUGUGAAGUCUGUGGAAAGGCUUAUACUCAGUCAGGAACUUUACAGGUGCACAUGAGGACACAUACAGGGGAUAAACCUUUUCAAUGUGAUCUAUGUGGAACAGAGUUUAAGGCUAGAUGUUCUUUACAGAGACACAAAAUGACACAUACAGGUGAGAAGCCUUUUGAAUGUGAUGUUUGUGGGAAUACCUAUACUCAGUCAGGGACUUUACAGGUGCACAUGAGGACACAUACAGGUGAUAGACCCUACAAAUGUCAUAUCUGUGCAAAGACAUUUUAUGUUGCAAGAAACUUGAGGAGACAUAUGAUAACACACACAGGUGAUAGAGCUUACAAAUGUGAUGUCUGUGGAAAGACUUAUAGUCUGUUAGGAGGAUUACAGAGACACAUGAAGACACAUACAGGUGAGGCACUUUGUAAAUGUGACAUAUGUGGGAAAGUUCUCAGUCAGUCAGCUGAUUUAGACAGACACUUACGGACACACACAGGUGAUAAGCCAUUUAAAUGUGAUGUCUGUGGGAAGGCAUUUUCUGAAUCGGGGAACUUACGGCGGCAUAAGAGGAUACAUGCAGGUGAUAAACCCUAUAACUGUGGUGUUUGUGAGAAAGAUUUUAGUGAAAGAAAGAACUUACAGAGACACAUCGUAACACAACACAGGUGAUGAGCCUGAUACGGAUGAUGUGUGUGGGAAAGCACUAAGUCAUCAAUUGAACUUUCAGUGGGUGUAGGUAUCACCAUGUACACAUCCCAAUACAAAUAGAUUUGACUUCAUGUCCUUCCUUUCCAUUUGAUUCCUUAUGCCACUGAGUAGAUGUGAUUUCCUGUUAGAGAAUAUACAUUUAGGUGUUACUCACAUGCAGAAUGCAACAAAUUUACUCUUUUCUUGCCAGUGAAAUUUUCUGAUCACAGUGUCUGUCUGUCUGUAAACUACAAUUUCUUUUCCAGAACCACAAGCCAUGCCCUGUUUGAAGUGGAGAUGCUUAAUUAGAAAUAUUGAUUAGCAUAAUUAGUUGAUUAAUGAUUAAUUAGAAAAAAAAUUGUGGCAUCUAUUACAAAUCUUUUUCUCAAGAACCACUUCACCAAUUUCAAUCAAACAUGACACAAAUCAUCCUUGGAUGAGGGGACUCAUAAAAGGUAAUCAAGGUUUUACAUGAGGAUAUAUAGGAUAAAUUUUUUCAGGAACAAUAUAGGAUCAUGGAUACUUAUUUAAUAUACAAGCAUUCCGAGGUAAAGCUGAUUCAGGGAUUUUUAGGGUCUGUAAGGGGCCAAAAUAAGGCGCCAUUCCCAAUGCUAAAAUCAGGUGCAUGUAUUUUACCCAAUUUUGCUUUAAAAUUCCCAAACAGUGAAAAUUGAUAGAUCAGAGUAAGCUUAGCAAGGUUGUCUAUAUUGUUCAUAAAUUACCUUCACAGGACCACAGAUUACAAAUUUUGCUUCAAAAUUGUUAAGUAAACCUAAUUUGUUUGGCCUCUGAUUAUUUAAAUGAGGUAAGCUUUGACUAAAAUGUAAGUCAGAAUGAGUCCAAUUUACUCUUUAAUGCACUGGUUUGGUUUUCUUCCAACUUGUUUUAUCUAUAUAACAUUUAUCCCAAUUUCAAGCAAAUGUUGCUAUUUUUCCCAAAUGGAAAGGCCCAGCUCCUUGAAAUCAAAACCUUUAAAAACCCUGUGAUUGAAGUUUGUUUGAGUCAUGACCCACAGCACAGGGGAAGGAUGGAACCACAAUAUGGGAUCAAAUUUUUUUAUUGGAAUACAUAGGGAAACAUUUUAAAAAAUAUUCUUAGCAAGAAUAACAGGGCCAUGAUUUGUCAUGUUGAUAUGCAAGCAUCCUCAGGUAGUGCAAAUUCAAGUUUGUUCAAUUCAGGGGGCCCUAGAGGUAAGGUGGGGCCAUAACUGGAGAUCAAAGUCUGAUAUGGGAAUAUAUAAGAAUUUGAUAAAAACAUUCUAUUCAAGAUUUUAUAUCCAAAUGUUGUGUUGAUUCAAGUUUUUAUGCCCCUGCAAUGGAAGUUCGAAGGGGUGUGCAUAUUGUUUUUCCAAUUUAAAGUAGCAUUACCCCUAUAGAUUUUGAGGUCACAUGGUCAAAGGUCAGGGGUCAAUCCACCUUGGAUCAUAGGAAGAAAUUGUUCGCUCAAUAUAUCUUGAAUUGUUUUGGCACUACUAUAUUAUCAAUUAAAGGACAUCACAUCACAUGAAGGUCGAUCUAUCUUAAACUAUUUAAGACAGGGUUUUCAUAUUAAAAAUGUAUAUGUUCCUUCUGGCAAGACAUUACAUUCCAUUACAUGAUAUUUUUUUUUACCUUGUAACUAUGGAGCGCCAAAUUAACAUAAACUCAAAUAAUUGAAGAUAUCUUCAAUUAUUUGAAGAUAUCAUCAAUUCAUUUGAUGCGCGCAACAAUUGAAUUAAAGAUCUCUUCAAAUAAUUAAUGAUAUCUUCAAUUCUGAAUUAUUGCGCUCAUUAAUUGAAUUGAUGAGAGCAUUAAUUCUUCAGCUGAUUUGAUGCGCGCUUUAAUUGAAUUAAUGAUCUCUUCAAAUGAAUUAAUGAUAUAAACAAUUGAAUUGAUGCGAGCUACAAUUCAAUUGAAGAGAGCAAUAAUUGAUAUAAUGCGCGCAUUAAAUCAAUUGAUGAGAGCAAUAAUUGAAUUGAUGUGCUCAUUAAUUCAUUUGAUGAGAGCAAUAAUGUAUUUAAUGCGCGCAUUAAUUCAAUUAUUGCUCUCUUCAAUUGAAUUAAUGAUAUCUUUAAUUCAUUUGAAGAGAGCAAUAAUUCUUUUAGAGAGAGCAACUAUAUAAUUAAAGAUAUCUUCAAUUCAACAUAUCCACAAUUGAAUUAAUGAUAUCUUUAAUUGAAUUGUUGCUCUCUUUAAAAGAAUUGAUGCGCGCAUUAAUUCCUUAUACAAAAGCAUUGUAAAUGAUUUAAAGAUAUCUUCAAUUGAAUUAAAGAGAUCAUCAAAUUAUUUAUACCGAGCUCUAAAUUAAUUAUUGCGAGCAAUAUUUCUACUAAAUUGAUGCUCUCAUCAAAUGAAUUGAAGAGAGCAAUAAUUGAAUUAAUGCGCGCAUCAAAUCUAUUAUUGCUCUCAUUAAUUGAAUUAGUGCGCGCAUCAAUUGAAUUGAAGAGAGCAAUAAUUGAAUUAAUUCACGCAUUAAAUCAAUUAUUGCUCUCAUUAAUUCAAUUGAUGCGCGCAUUAACUCAAUUGAUGAGAGCAAUAAUUGAAUUGAAGCGCGCAUUAAUUCACUUGAUGAGAGCAAUAAUUGAUUUAAUGCGCGCAUUAAUUCAAUUAAAGAGAGCAAUAAUUGAAUUGAUAUCUUCAAAUAAUUGAAGAUAUCUUCAAUUAUUUGAGUUUAUGUUAAUUUGGCGCUCCAUAUGUAACUUUGUCAAAAUUCAUCAUGGGAAUGACUUGAAUAUUGCAAAUAUGUUUUUGAAUUCACAACAAUUGGAUGUGUGUUUGUGUGUGUGUCAGAUGAGCGAUGUGGCGAAUGGGCCUCUUGUUUGAUGAUGAAUUACCAUUCAUAUUACACCAGUUACUGACCUUCUUGAAUGAAAGCCGUGCAUGACCGGAUGUGUCAUCCCAUUUUCUCCACUUGAUAUUAACUUUGUUAUGUUCAUGUAUUAAUAUCUACAUUUGUAUUCAACUUGCCUUAUAUUAUUAAACUAUUUUAACCACAA